UCUUGCUAUUCCCUCCAUUUGCUCUCUUCUGCUACUGCCGCUGCCGCCUCCACCACCGCCGCCGUCGCUGCCACCAGCACCACCUGCACUGUGAUGUUGUCUCGCACCUCGUUUAGAGGAGGCCGGGGUCGGGGCCGUGGUCGGAGAAGUUACUCCGACCGUCCCUCAGUCGACGGCAGGGACACUGCUGAGCAAUUUGUCACUGGCGACUCUCACUUCCGGCAAGUUCAAGACUCCAACCGAGGGUUUCGACCACCAUAUAGCAGAGGAAACUCUAACUCUAACUUUCAAUCAUCUACUAGGUUUAGUCCUCGGCCUAAUUAUUACAAUCCUCGGCCUCAACAACAGCAGCAGCAGUCUGUCGGUCAGUUCCAUAGACCUUCGCCGGCGCCACAACAGCAGCCACCUGUUGAUCAAAAUCAGCAAGCUUAUAGACCACCACAGCCACAUUAUAAUUUUAACCAACAGUUUAGACCGUGGCAGCCUAGGCCAAGGCCUCCGAAGGACUUGGAAUAUAGGAAUUGGGAGCAUGCGAAACCCGGGCCUCCUCCUGAAUGGGAGCGGUUUACAGUUCUAUCGUACAACAUACUUGCUGAUUACCUGGCUACAGAUCAUCAGCAUAAGCUUUACUUUCACGUACCUCGCCAUAUGUUGGAUUGGAAGUGGCGUAAGAGAAGUAUUCUUUUUGAGCUUCGGUUAUGGUCAGCUGAUAUAUUGUGUUUUCAGGAGGUUGACAGAUUCCAAGACUUGAAAGAAGAACUGGAGCUUCGAGGAUAUAAUGGUGUUUGGAAGAUGCGAACCGGUGAUCGAGUUGAUGGCUGCGCAAUAUUCUGGCGUAACUCAAGAUUCAAGUUGGUGCAUGAGGAGUCCAUCGAAUUCAGUGCACUUGGCCUUCGAGAUAAUGUUGCACAGAUAUGUGUAUUUGAGUCUUUAUCUCAGUGCAACAGUACCACUGCACCAGCUCCCUCGAAAAGAUCCUGUUAUUGCAGCUCAAAACAGGCAAAGAAGGUUGUGGUUUGUAACAUUCAUGUGCUUUUCAAUCCUAGAAGGGGAGAAAUCAAGCUUGGUCAGAUAAGGGUGCUUCUAGCUCGGGCUCAUGCUGUUUCAAAGCUUUGGGAUGAUGCUUCUGUCAUUAUUUGUGGGGAUUUUAAUAGUACUCCAAAGAGUCCAUUGUACAACUUUGUUGCAGAACAAAAGUUAGACCUGUCAGAACUUCCUCGUGAUCAAGUUUCAGGACAAACAUCGGCAGAAUUUUAUCCAUCAAGGCCAUCUAAUCCUAAUUCUGGGGCCCUUUCCACUGGUAACUUUUCUCAAGUAUUGCCAACAGCCAGUCAGAUGAAAGCAGAGAGCUGUGAUUCUCCAUUAGCUGAAGAGAAGAAAAAUUAUCCUGAUGAAUGUUCAGGAAAUGAGCAUUUUGCGGACUGCUUGUCUAAGCCUCUCUCUUCUGUGGUGGAAGAGCCUGUGGAGUCUUGCAUUAACAGCAUAUACGUAGAUGAAAGAACUGAUACAAAAUUAAGAGAAAAUGAUAUUGAAAUUUUUCAUGGAAGCGACAAUGAAAUUAAAUCUACCAUCUGUGAUUCUUAUGACUUGGAGGAAAGUCCAGUUGUGAUUCAGGAUGACAUGAAAUCUUCUGUUAGUCCUGUUAAGGACGUAAUCCAAGAUAUCAAUUUGUUGGGUGAUGAAAUGGACAACUUACUUAUAGAUGAGUUUCUUGAAGACACAAAGGAAGAUGGUUCAUUUGAAGAAGGUACAACUACAAGCUCCGAUAUCCAAGAGACUAAUCCACUUGGAAAUGAGAGUCUGAUUGACACGCGAGCUGUGGAUUCCGAGAUUAUUGAUGUGGAACAGUCACAAUAUGAUCCAUCAGCUUGGACUCCGGUGGAACUAGAAACUGCGACAGGAAGUUCAGAUUGCUUAGUAAUGGAACACCCUUUGAAGCUACGAAGCGUAUAUGGAGAAGUUGAGGAUUCUUCAGGUACAAGAGAUUCAACUGGAGAACCUGCAGUAACCAGCUACCAUAGGCGUUUCUUGGGCACAGUUGAUUAUAUAUGGCGCUCUGAAGGUCUCCAAACUUCCAGGGUUCUUGCCCCUAUUCCAAAGCAUGCUAUGCAGUGGACACGGGGAUUCCCUACAAAGAAAUGGGGAAGUGAUCAUAUAGCUUUGGUUUCGGAGCUGGCCUUCAGAGAGGAUAUUUCCAGCGUGAAUUCUGAUGUAAAAUUGCAGGAUCAUGUUCAGCAUUUGACUUUGAAUCAGACUUAAAAAAUGGGGAAGUGAUCAUAUAUCUUUGGUUUCGGAAUUGGCCUUAAGAGAAGAUAUUUCCAGCCUGAAUGCUGAUGUAAAAUUGCAGGAUCAUGUUCAGCAUUCAACUUUUGAAUCUUCAGACUUAACUGGGUCCACCAGGUUCUUAAUUUAAGCCCUAUAUUCUGUGCCUUGAGGAGUAUCCAGAAGUCUGGCAGAAAUUGUAAUUCGAUGAGAGGUUGUCACCAUUUGUGAAGUAGGAAACUUGUGUCAAAGGAACACUCAGUUCUUUUAACGGAGAUGAUUCUGGCUUUGUGUCUUCAUCUGUUGUGCGUCUGUCUGUGUCUUUGACGGACAGAAAACUGAGUUGCAACAGCUGUAUAAAUAGACUAUUAUUGUAAUUACAACUGUA